UUUGAGAGUGAAAAUAAGACGUGGCUGGCUUUUGUGGCAGCAAGCUAAAGUUAAGCGAACGUCCCUGCGAGGGAAACAGGACCCGUGUUUCGGAUUAGCUUGUUUUCGUGUUAACUGGUGACUGCCUCUUCCUUUGCCGUUUGUUGUUGCUACUCUUAACAGCUGGUGUCGAAAAGAGACUUACAAACUCUUCACAGAUUCUUAAAAACUGUAUUUUAAAUGCGGUUUAAGGGCGCUUGCCAGGACAUCAGCGGGUUUCUAUCUGCUUUUUAACAUGCGGUGGUGUUAGCAUGGACGCUAAAGGGAACCUGUCCCCAGUUGGCUGGGAAACCAGUUGAUCCUAUACACGGCUUUCUCCACAUUCACAUCAUCUGUAACUAUGUGAACAAAUCAACAGAAACAGUGUCUGUUUACAGUUUCGAACGAACUGGCUCACAAUUGUAAAUUCGUGAAUGUAUGGGUGUGUACACGUGUUUAAAUAAGUAGGGAUAAUGUUAUCACUAGUGAGAAAAUAAAACUGUAUUGAUAUUUUCUGGUAAAUCACAUUUUUUAGUCAUACACAUGUGGAUGAUUUUAGUUCUGUCGCAGUAGUUUGCUGUAUUGAUGUUUGUGUGUCAUUUGUGUUUGUCUGUCUUCUUCAUUUAUGUGUUUCUGGUCAUGGUUAGUGUGUUGUUCUCACUCAUUUUGUACCCCCACGAUCAGCAAGAACACAAACCUUGUUUUUGAUCAUGGAAAGCUCAUUCUGUCAACACAGAAAUCAGAUUCAUCAACAGAUUUUUGCUCUGUGUCGAGAUGACGGACUCUUCACUUCUCAACUCCGAGCUGAAUCUACAGCAGGAGGAGGAACUGUAUCAACAGCUGCUCUUGCAGACAAUGGGACAAAUGCAGACUGAAAAUCCAGAUUCCAAAGUGAUCCGACCACAACCUGGAAUGUGUGUGAAGACCGUGUCGGAGCCAGACAAGCAGAAGGUCUUCAUCAACAUCUGCCAGUCACACUCCGUCCCUCCUCCACCAGAACUGUCCAAGGAGGAGCUGGUGGAGCUGCUCCAGUCGGAUGAUCCCAGCGGCUACAGAGUUCCCAUGAGCCUUGGCGAGCCACACACAGAGGUGGACAACAGUUCUCAGGGCUGCACGGCGUACGACGUCGUCAUCAAUCAGGACUUCUUCCAGAAGUGUCAGAAGGAUCCCUUAUUCCAUCAGUUCAUUAUCCUGGUGUCCGUCGAAGGCUUAGAGAACAAAUACAGUCUGGAGCUAAGUAGAGACUGGAAGGUGCUGAAGAACAGGAAGUUUUUGGGCUCUGUCAGCGAGCAGAACAUCCGGACCAAGAGCAGGCCGGUGAUCGAGGAGCUGCAGCCUGAGGAGAGUCAAGCCACUCCCGCCAAAAGGCCGGACUUCACGCUGCUUGUGGAGCCCCCUACUGGAGACCCUGAGCACCUCAUUGCAGAAAUAAGGCUCCCUGGAUUGCCGUCGUCCCGCUCUCUGGUUCUGGACGUGGGAGAGGACCGCCUGGUGCUGACAGCUCGGCCGUCGCUCUUCCAUCUCGACAUCUUCCACCCGUUCCUGGUCGACCAGGAGAACAGCGUGGCGCAGUACAACAGGAGCACGCAGAUCCUCACAGUGACGAUGCCCGUGGUGUCUUCAUAGAACUACAGGAAGCAUUUCCACAUAUUUAUUUUGCUUAAGAUAAUAUGCUGUCAUAAUAUUAUUUUUUUUUAAAUAAAUCAUUCUUAAUUUUUGAA